AGCAAAGCGUCAUUGUGAAAAAUAUUGAGAUAAAAUGGACAAUAAACGGGAAAAUGUAUCCCUUUGGCUGCACAACAAACUGGGCACGAGCAACGACUCCUGGAUCACGUCAUCGAUCAGUUCGCAGCUGAACAAGGACGUGCUGAAACAAAUCAAAGAUUGCUUUCCCGACCUGCAAACACAAGUGAAAAUAAAGUUUCUGCUUGCUUUUUUUCACAUACCGCGGCGACUUGUAGAAGAGUGGCGGACAGAACUUGAGGAGAUAAUCGAAGUAGCGACAUCCGACACGGAAUUAUGGGUGUCCAUGACUGCAGAGACGAUGAAGACUUUUCCGCUCACGGGAAGCUUGAACACAGAAAUAUCAGACUACGAGGAUACGAGACCAAUUUUCACCGAUAUGGUGAACGACCUGAAGAAAUUAGUGAAUAAGCAUCAUGAUAUCGGGAUGUUGCCGUUGGAGUGUCAGUAUUUGAACAAAUCGGCGCUGAUAUCUGUGGUCGGUCAACAACCAGGCCCCACAAAACACUUUACGCUGAAGAAAAAACCCAAAAGUGCUACGCUGCGUGCCGAGCUGCUUCAAAAGUGUCAAGACGCCCAAUCCACGUUGAAAAAAUCUUCGGCGCCGACUGUGCCUUUGCGAUCUCGCGGAAUGCCCCGAAAAAUGGCAGACACAACGCCCAUGCGAGGCAUCCCAUCACGCGUUCCGACAAGCGGUUUCCGUUCGCCACCUCCUUCGCUGACGCCCAAAUCGCUGAAUCGCACGCCUGCCGGUCGCAAAGAAGGCGGCGUCAAACUGCUCGAUAUCGCCGACCAACCUUUGGGCUAUGCACAGGCGAAAAAACGAAAACGCCAACAAGAAUUGGAGGAACAGCAACGAAAACAACUCGAAGCAGCAAACAGUCAACAAACGGCAACGACGCCACAGCAAAACAACGGCGCAACGCCUGCCGUUACAACGACAGCUUCGACCCCGGAUUAUGCUGCUGGUUUGACUGCGUCGUCAGUUUAUAGCCAGCCAGCGACUCCGAUGCCAUCGUCAAGUACCGCAAAUCCGACAACGAUCAAGGAAAUUCAGGCAAGCACCCCAGCUGCGGCGUUAACGACGAAUAAUCACAUCGUUGUUCAGUCGAAUGUACCUGUCGCAACGACUUUGGCAUCGUCUGUCGAACAAAAUCAACCGCAAUCGCAAAUAAUUACGUCGCCAACGCCCGUUGCUGUUGUUUCAUCUCCUCCUGCGAAGACUGCCACCCUUCCCUCGAACAUCCAGAUUGUUCGUUCCGUGUCAUAUAACCCGCCAGGUGCCCAACAACAAGUCCCGACAAGCCAACCCCCGCCCCCGAGUGUGGAAAUUUCGCGAAAAAUCGUUCCAACGUCGUCAAUCCAGCAAAAUUACACAAAAAUCCUGGGAAAUUCGAAUAUUAUUCUCACGCAGAAGCCGCUGCAGCAACAACAACCGACAAUUUCGGUGCAACAAUCGCAAACGCAACCCAUUACCUCGUACACGAUCGUCAAACAGCCCGUGGGACAGGCACCGCAAAUGCGCGUCGUGUCCGUUUCGUCUGCCGCUUCGUCGAAUUUGACAAUUCCGACGCUGACAUCGACGUUGCCACGCACGACGCAAAUUGUGCAGCACCAACAACCGCAAACCCCCACGAAAAUCGUGCAAAUUAAGACGGCGCCAACGCUUCCGACGAUGAUGAUGGCAACGUCGCAGCCAAAUUCGACAAUUCCGCCACUAAUUCCGACGCAGCAACCGCAACUCGUGAAUAUUCAGCAGCAUUUGCAGCAACAACAGGCGGCCGGAAGGAAAACGGUGACGAUAACGGCGCAAAAUCAACCCACGUCGAACAUAAUUUUGCAGCAACAGACACAGCAGCAGCAAGUUCAGCAGCAAUUACAGCAGCAAAAUCCGCAAACGAUCAUCACGAGUGGCGCGGGAAACCAAAAAUACGCCCAAGUUGUGAUGUCGCCGAAUGUCAAAGGCAAAACUAUUAUUUUGACGAACCCGAAUUUGUUGUCCGGGCAGAAAAAUGUCAUUCUCCGCAGUGGAAAUACCGUUUAUCAGCUGGGGAAUGUGCAAGGACUGCAAAAUAUUGGCGGCACAACGACACUGAUGACGGGCCCGCCUGGCUUGAUAAAAACGGAUCAAGGUCAAACGCAAGGCACGACGCAACAAAUGCCGGCUCUCGUGCCGACAAACCAACAAAUGCCUUCGUUGACGCCCGUUGUGUAUGCGAAUCAGCAGCAAAAGUCGAUUCCGACGCUAAUUACGAACCUUCAGACGCAGCAAGGCAUGCAGACGCAACAGCAGGGGCAAACGAUUAUCAGACCCGUGUUGACGUCGGGCGGAAAUUUGCCGCAAGGAUUGACGUUGAUUCAGAGACCGGGCCAGCAGCCGCAGCUUGUGCAGACGAUACAGCAGCCGACGCCGCAGCAACCCACGCAGAUUGGCAGGACGAUAAUUACGGCACAACCGCAGCAGAAAACGACGACGAUUCAGCAGCAGCAACAACCGCAGAUAUUGUCGUACAAGAAAAUUCCGCAGCAAACGACGAUUCAGCUUCAGCAGGUUCCGCAGCAGCAGCAGCAACAACAGCAGCAGCAAAGUGCUCAGCAAACGGCGCAACCGAGAAGGGGAUUGUCGCUUUCGAGCAAACAUGUAUCCGAAGCACACGACAUGUUCAAAAGAGCGAAUCGCGUUACGCGUUUAGACAAAGCGCUUAUAUUAGGAUUUAUGGCUGGAUAUAGAGACAAUCCAAGACCAAAUCCGGAAAAUGUACUUGAAAUAAAAUUGAACGAGAGUGAGGAAAACGUCAAACAAGGAGAUUCAUUAAUACCAAUGACCGUGGAGACCCUUAUCCGUUUGGACUACAACACGGGCGAAUGGAAGACUUUCAACCGUUGUUCCGCCCCAAAAUCCGGACAAGAACAACAAAUACCGAACGCCCAAAGUGUUUCAGCCUCCUAAAAAAAAUUAUCGGAAAACUUUUUGAAUAUUUGUCGUACAAUUGUGUAAAUAUAAAAUUAUGUCAUAUAAAAAAAAAUUAUAUAAAAAAAGGCGUUUGAGACGAAAAUAUCAUCUUCAUCAGCGAAACCCGCGAAAGCCAAAGACUGACAUUUUUUGGUCAUUUCUUUUUGUUUUCCAUGCAAAGUAUAAAGUUUACUUAAAAAAAAAAUUAUGACAAAAAAGAAUUAUUGCUUAAAUUUAGCUGAUCAGACGUCAAUUGAAAAAUAAAUAAAAAAAAAAUAAUUAAAAAAAAUCCUUAUGAAUAAAUUGUGUAAAAAAACGUAAAAAAGUGUAUUUCGAUAGUUUUGUCUGCGAGUCUAAACAACAAGCUUUAAUUUUCCGUGUAAAUGAAAAAGUGCAAGAAAUAUCUUAUUUAAGAAAAUUAUAAAUAAAUUCGUAAUUAUA